CGCAUAGUAAAGCUGCUACAGUUGUUCUCCUCUUCCGUGCCUAUAUUCACACUGAAUGUCAUCAUAGAUUUUCGAUACAAUGUGUUAGAAAGAGAUGCAGCAAACCAGACCAUGAGAUCUUGUCGUCAGGAAGCGCGGAAGCAUUGCUCAAAGUUCCAAGUAAGAAUAUGGUUUAGAACUCCCACCUCCAAUUCAAGGAUCACUAUUAUCUCUUGGCAUUAUCAAUGGAGAAUUCUAACAAUAAAACCAAAAAUUGGCUGUCACGCCUACGGCAGCUAAGAAUAAGGAGAAGUUCUGUGGAUAAUGUAGAGAAUAAUAGUGCUGAUGAGCCUGUUGUGUAUAGAAGAGGUGUCUCAUCCUAUAGUAGUGAUAAUAUGGCUCAACAUACUAGAAGAAGCAAUAGUGUUAGAAGGAGUAUUAUUAAGAUGCACCUUAGGGUUAAGAACGCCUUUAGAUACAGAGGAGAUAGCAGUAGCACGAACAGACUUACAGUUCCCACACCUAUUCAUUCUAAUUCGUCAAACUCCCCUAGCAGAGUUACAUUGGCAACUACUGUUCAACAUAAAGAAAAUAUAUAUUCCCUAGAACCAGUUAGAAAGAUGGACACAGUUCCUCAAUGUGAUCACCCUCCUCUUGUAGUACCAGUGCAGGCACUGGUGGAAGAAAACCAAAGCACUACAACAGCUCCUGUGAUACCGCCCAGAAGGCGAAAUUUCCCGCAACUCUCUGAAGUACAGAACGGAAGGGUUCCGAAGAACGAAAUUGCCCACCUCUCAAACUACUACUGGUAUUGGGGACCAAUAUCGCGAUCGCAAGCAGAGGAUAGACUGAAAGACUCCCCAGACGGUGCUUUUCUCGUUAGAGAUUCUACUUCUGAUAGGUAUCUCUUCACGAUGAGUUUUCGCAACAUCGGAAGAAUCCAACACUCCAGAAUCGAACACAGCAAAACCGGCUACAGCCUCUUCGAUCAAAUAGGCUACAACAGCAUAGUCGAACUAGUGGAAGACGCCGUUUCGAAGUCCAAACACAGCGUUUACUGCUACACCAAAACCAGGGGCGAUAUCGUUCCCAACUUCCCCGUAAGACUAACCCUUCCCGUGUCUAGGUACGACAAAGUACCGACUUUGAAGUACCUCUCUCGCUUCGUUAUUAGGCAGUACGUUAUCAUCAACGAUAUGGACAAACUGCCGUUACCAGUGCCGUUAGUGAAAUAUUUACAAGAAGAAGGACCCUAUUUUUAAUUACGCAGUCGGUUUUAGAAGCAACGUACUUAUUAUAAUUAUGUUUGUUCUUAUGUUUUCAAAUUUUAUAGAAUUUUCUUUAUUUUGAAUUAGAAAUUGAGACUAUUUUGUCUGCAAUCAAAGCGAAGAUGCAAAAUAGUCGACGUUGUUUUACACUCGGUACAUAAAAUACUCUUCACUAUUUCCUACCUUAUUAGUCCAUUCUUUCACGGUUUUUGCUCUAAAUUUUAAAGAACCGCUUGGAUUGACAUGAAAUUUGGCAUACGUAUAGCUUACUUGUCAAAGAAAAAAAGAGAUAUUGUGCCGAUGUGUGCUUUUGCCCUGGGGGUGAAAAAAUAUAUGUCCAAAAUAAGUCCGGAAAUGGGUAAACUUACUAAUUUUAAGUAACUUUUGUUCUAUAGAGCUUUUUCGCCAAGUCAACAUUUUUCGAGUUAUUUGCUAGUGAAUAUGUUCAUUUUUCAACAAAAUAACCACAUCUUUAGACGGUUUUUCGCAAAUAACUCAAAAAGUAAGUAUUUUGUCGAAAAAACGUUCCUAGCAAAAAUAUAGCCCAUAAGAAAGUAAAAAAAAUGGUGUACGCGUUAGGUCUCUGGAUCUCGUAGAACCAGAGUUAUAGAAAAUGAAAAAUAUAUUCAUAUUCACCAAAUUUCAAAUAGAAUAUUUCGACGUGAAAUAUCCAAAAAAUUAAUCACUUUUUGGGGAAAACCCAUUAUAACUUUUUUAAAGUGUUUAAAAAAAGCUUUAUUUCUGUUUUUACAAAAAGUUUCUAGCAUUAAAUUUAAGCAAGUUACGUUCAAAAUAAAGAUGGUCCCUUUUGUUUUUGCAAAAAAAAAAUCGGGAGGACCACCCCCUAAUUAGCAACUUAAAUGAAAUUAAUCGUUACCGCUCCACAAAUUAUUUUACUUAUUUUGUGUUUAUAUGAUCUGUAAGUUCCAUCGAUUCAAAGUGUUUAUUUUUAAAAAAAUUUGGUUUCAAAGUAAAAUUUUUAAAAAUUAAAAUUUUGAAAAAUAUGCUUUUUUUCAAAAUAACUUGAAAAUUGUUAGAUAUACCAAAAAUCUUGAAAAACAGAAAAAGUCGGAUUUGCUUUUCUGAAUAUCAUGUAUUUUUUUUAUUUUUCUGUUAGACAAAAAUUGAUUAAGAUUUGGUGUUUCUAAAUUUGCAUACAUUCGUGAUCAUUGACUCGUUCAACCCCUUUUAACUACAGCCCUUUCAAUAAUAAGGACUUUAAACCGAUGAAACUUACCUACAGAUCAUAUAAACAAUAUAUACACGAGUCAAGAAACUUGUGAAGUCGUAACGAUUAAGUUCAUUUAAGAUACUAAUUAGGGGGUGAUUUUCUCGAUUUUUUUACCAAAACCAAAAGGGACUAACUUUAUUCUGAGCGUAACUUAUUUAAUUUUGAUGCUAAAAAUUUUUAUAAAACAAAAAUGAAGCUUUUUUUAAACACUUUAAAUAAGUUGAAAUGAGUUUUCCCCGAAAUGUGCUUCAUUGUUGGUUAUUUCACGUUAAAGUAUUGCAUUUGGAAUUUGACGAAUAUGAACAUAUUUUUCAUUAGCUAUAACUCUGCUUCUACUAGGUGUAGAGACGUGAUAUAUAUACCAUUUUUUUUUAAAUUUUUACAGGCUAUAUUUUUGCACAGAAUGUUUUUUCGACAAAAUACUUACUAUUUGAGUUAUUUUCGAAAAACCGUCUAAAAGCGUGGUUAUUUUGUUGAAAAAAUGAACAUAUUCACUGCCAAAUAACUCGAAAAGUAUUGACUUAGUGAAAAAACUCUAUAGAACAAAAGUUACUUAAAAUUAGCCAGUUUAUCCAUUUCCUGACUUUCUUUGGACGAAUAUUUUUUCACCCCCCAAGAGGGGGUGAAAACCACCCCCUAGGGCAAAAGCACAUAUCGGCACAAUAUCACUUUUUUUGUUUGACUUGUUAUCUAUGUGUAUGCCAAAUUUCAUGUCAAUCCAAGCGGUUCUUUAAAGUUUAGAGGUUUUGCAAUAUUUUACCGUUAAAGAACGGACUAUAUUUUUUAAAUGUAUACAUACAUAUUCUUAGAUAUGUAUUGUUAUGCUCUAUAUUUUAUCUCAGUUAUGAGAUUGAUCAGCAUCUUAUCAAUUCAAUUAAUUAAUUAAUUAUUUUAAUUGUUACUCAUGGAAACAAAACCAAAAUUUGAUAAAUCUUUCCAAUAAAAAAAAAUUCUCAGGGCUAAUUGAUUUUAAUAUAUCACAUUUAGUUUGUGGCUUCUAGUAUUUCUCGUUGCUUACUUUAUCCAGGACAAAACAAGGAAAAUAAAUAUGCUCAUAAUCAUAUAAAUUUUAUAAAUAUUAUUUAUUUAUAUACUAUACCAUAAAUAUAAGAUUCAAAAUGUAUGCUAAAACUUUGUUCUCUCAUAAAAAUAUUUUAUCUACUAAAAUAAUUUGUAAUUCUACUAUCUCAUUUUCUUUCAACAAAAUUUUAUUUAAAUGUUUCGGUGGACUGUUCUUAUAUGGUAUGUAAUGUCAAACAACUUUCUCUUUUCACAAAUAAUCUGACUAACCUUAUCUAUCUUCUUAAGUUCUUCUCAUGGAUUGUGUUGUCCUCGUUUCUCCCACACGUGCUCCUCGGAUGCUGUAACUGUUCUCCUUGUCCAAACUGUUUCCCAAACAAAACAGCACUCGCUUGAAAUCUCUCCUCAAUUUAGUAUCUGACUCGAUACAAACAAUAUCAAGCUUUAUAAUUCCUCUCAGCUCGAUCUCUUGUGCAAAAUUGAUACAAACUGGCUACUCGUUCCAGACAGAAGACUGGAAUCUAUUCGGACACGAGGAGCUUUUGUUUCUCGACUCGAUCACGAUUUCGUCUCAACAGAAAUCUGCUUACACGGCCACCAAAUCAACCUAAUUACACUUUUCCUCUUUACCACGAAACACUGCUUACGACUAAUUAUAUUAUUUACAAAUUUUGGCUAUAUACAGGGCGAUGAAAAUUUAUGAUCUUGUGGUCUUGGAUAUAAAAUGAAUUUUCUAAAUUUUCCCCAUAAAAAUUAUAUAACAGUAUAAAUACGUAAAAAAACGGAAAAGAAGUAAGGUGAUAAUGACAAAAUAAUCUAAAAUGAAAACAAAAGAUAACCUCAAAAAUUGUUGUCUUCAUUGUCAAUAUUAUUCAUUUUGACUUUGCGCUCUUUGCUACCGUUUUCCCAGUGUUACCGCGUCUUGAAGUGUAUCAACAAAUGAAUGGUGGGCUACAACAACGCUGUAAGAGACAGAUUGGGUCAAAGUGAGGUUUUAAUGCAAUAUUAUUGUAUAUCCAAUGACCAAUGCGAGCAUCUUUCAAUCAGGCUAAAAACAUUUUACCUUCCCCGAGUUUUUCGUACCGCAAUAUUGGUAUCCGUAUUGUCAUAAAUGACUUGUCAAUAAGUUUUUUCCAUCUCUUGCAUAAUCUUAAUUCUGUCGCUUACAACAUUGUUGUAGCCCACCAUUCAAAUAUCCAAAUAAUUGUUCAUAUUGUUGGAUGUGAUGGAUUUAACCAUAGAUAAUAGAUUAACCAAGGUACGAAAAAUAGCGUAAGGCGGAGCAGUUCAUCGAUGAUCUAUCUAUCUCUCUCUACCGGCGCUUAGCUUUCUCUCUCUAGCAUAUGAUGGUCGCUGCCGCUGUAACUCUGUGUCUGUGUCGUUUCAUUACUCCCACCUUUUGGUAGAUACGCUCACACUCGUACGACAGACUAAGAUAGCUAGACCACUGUACUUGAUAUUGGCGUUACACCCGUUGCAUUGAGCGGCAUAUACCGAGCCUGGUCUAUGGUUAAUAUGUCUAUGAGUUUAACACCGAUCAAAAAACGUUGGGCGCCACUUUUGUAACAAGAGAUCGACAAAAUAAUAUAAAAGGAGAUUAAUUGUCCACAUUUAUUUACAUGAACUUUAUACAAAAGGCAAGAAAGACGACACUUAUCUGUGCUUUACACAGUUUAAAAUGAAAAAAUCAACAUAAAUCAUCAACAUCAUUAAUGCUUUUGAUUUAUGAUGAAAUAUUUGCCAGAUCUUUGAUUCACUUAUUUUGGUGAAUCACUCCUCAUGCUUCUUGUAUAUUGUAUAGGAUUACCAUUUCCCUCUAGGCCUUUAAGUUUCUGACUUCCAUCUGGUGACCUUCCUAAUCAGUAAUCAGUAGGUCGUUUUACUUUCUCUAUAUGUCCUAGAUCUUAGUUUCUGUGCUCUAAUAAAUCUAACUAUAUCUUCUCUUUUCAUAGUCUCUUAUUUCCUAGUUAAUUCUUCUUCUAAUUUCUCCGUUUUUUAUUCUUAUCGGGCCCAUAAUUCUUCGGAAAAUUUUCCUUUCAAAUAUUCAUAGUUUUUCUUCAUUUUUAUCUGUGAGACACAUUGUCGCAGCUGCGUUUGUAACUAAUUUUUGUAGUUCUGAAUAAGUUCUUGUCAUUCAUUACCCUAUGGUAUCUCCAGUAUGCUUAGUUGCCGGCUUGGAUUCGCUCCGUUACUUCGUCUUCUUAUUUUUGCCAUUCACAAUUACUUCCAAGUAUUUAAAUUGUUGAACUCUUUCAAAGUGUAGUUUUCUAUCUUGAUCAACUUUAGCAGAAUUUAUUUUUUUAAGAACGACGGUCGAAAUAAAUUGUAGAUAGUAAAAUUUUAAAUUUAAAUUGUGAAAAUUUAAAAAGUUCUAUUAAUUUUCUAAAAUAUUGACAUAACUCAAAAUUAUACUAUAACUCAUUUUAACUCAACCUCUACUUCUUUACAAGACUGAUACAACUCAAAAUAAUCCAUUAUUGUUCACACAAAGUAUUGUAUUAUCUUAUUGUGUUUUUGAGGAAGGAUGGCAUGUCUCAAAAUAGUACAUUGUUUUUAAAAAAAAAAUAUGAAAAUAUUUACUUGUUUUUUUUUAAUAUUGAUCUAACUCACAGAGAUGCAAGAGAUGCAGUGUUCCACAAAAGAAGUACGUUCACUUAGCAUGAUACCUGGAAAGCAACUGAAAUAUGACAAUAUUGUGCAAAAUGUCGAACAAACUUUUCGAAUAACAAUAACGACACUUCUUCCAUCUGACGGCCGUAAACAUAAACUAACUCUGACGUUAUCACACAAAAAAAUAUAGAACAUUUGAAACGUGUUUACUGACUCACAAUUCAUUUUUAACUUUUUUGAGAUAUAACAGUCUUCUUCCAAGGUAGCGAAGUUAAUUUUAUGUACCGAUUUAAGUGAUUUUGUUUAUUUUAUUUUAUAUUUAACUGUACAUAUUUAUUUGAUAUAUCUCUUCGUUUAUAUAUAUUCAUAUUAAGGUGCCUUAAGUCGUGAUAGUAUAAAUAUAUUAUAUCGGAAAAAUAAGAGGCGCUCUCAGAAAAGAUGAAAAUAAAGUAAAAAUUGUUUAGCGUU